AUGAAGUUGACUCUCACCUUUCUCGCUGUCUUCGCCGGCGCUGUCAUGGCCGACAUGCACUCCAGCUGUGUCUGCAACAACGGCGGCUACAACUGGCGCAUCUCUUCCCCCGCCUGUGACGCCUACGGCACCGAAGUCUCAUACGACUCGGCGGCGGGCCGUUGUGUGUCCAAGUCUGGCAAGGCCCUCGACGGUGACCAGUGGGAGGCGCACUGCCAGACGGUUGCCAAGGAAGGCUUCGCCUGUGUCGACGGCAAGGGCACAUGCUACGCCUCAGCUGAUGGCGUCCGGGGUGACUGCGACUAA